CAAAUGUUAUCAGCAUUGGAGGAAAUGGUCCACUGAUGAAAUGGCCACUGCUUUGGCAUCUACAUCAUUUUGAUAAGAUAAACACUAACAUCAAAAAGCUUUUGCUAUCGUCUCAUAUAAUUGAAACAUCAAAACUGAAGUCUUAAAAUGCCGAGCAACAAGAUGGACAAAUCUGACAAGCCGGAGGUCAUGGACAACGUCAAAGUGGUUGUGCGAUGUCGCCCGCUGAACCAGAAGGAGAGGAGUAUGGGCCACAAGCAGGCCGUCAGUGUGGAUGAGAACCGAGGGACCAUAACCGUCAACAAAUUAGAGACCCCCCACGAACCCCCCAAGACCUUCACAUUUGACACAGUGUUCGGACCAGACAGCAAACAGCUAGACGUAUACAAUCUGACAGCCCGCCCCAUCAUAGACUCAGUAUUAGAGGGUUACAAUGGGACCAUCUUUGCGUACGGACAGACAGGGACAGGAAAGACGUUCACCAUGGAGGGAGUGAGGGCAGUACCAGAGCUCCGAGGAAUAAUCCCCAACUCCUUCGCUCAUGUGUUCGGACACAUCGCCAAAGCAGAGGGCGACACCCGGUUCUUAGUUCGCGUCUCUUAUCUGGAGAUUUACAAUGAAGAAGUGAGGGAUCUGCUGGGGAAGGACCAGAUGCAGAGGCUUGAGGUGAAGGAGAGGCCAGAUGUGGGUGUUUACAUCAAGGACCUGUCUGGUUAUGUGGUGAACAACGCUGAUGACAUGGACAGGAUUAUGACAAUGGGGCACAAGAACCGCUCGGUUGGCUCCACCAACAUGAAUGAACACAGCUCUCGUUCUCAUGCCAUCUUCACCAUCACCAUCGAGUGCAGUGAGAAGGGCGUGGAUGGAGACCAGCACGUGCGCAUGGGAAAACUCCACUUAGUGGAUCUGGCGGGUUCUGAGCGUCAGGGGAAGACGGGAGCGACGGGCCAGCGGCUGAAAGAGGCCACUAAGAUCAACCUGUCUCUGUCCACGCUGGGUAACGUAAUCUCAGCCCUGGUGGACGGGAAGAGCACCCACGUCCCCUACAGGAACUCCAAACUCACCCGCCUGCUGCAGGACUCACUGGGGGGAAACUCCAAGACCAUGAUGUGUGCGAACAUCGGCCCAGCGGACUAUAACUACGACGAGACCAUCAGCACGCUGCGUUACGCCAACCGGGCCAAGAACAUCAAGAACAAAGCCCGGAUCAAUGAAGACCCCAAGGAUGCCCUGCUACGGCAGUUCCAGAAGGAGAUAGAAGAGCUUAAGAAGAAACUCCAAGAAGGGGAAGAGAUCUCAGGGUCGGAGGGCAGUGGAUCAGAAGAGAUGGAUGAAGGAGAUGACGAGGGAAGAGAAGGAGGAAGGAAACGGAGAGAAGAAAGAGGGAAGAAGAAAGUUUCUCCGGACAAGAUGGUGGAGAUGCAGGCGAAGAUCGAGGAGGAGAGGAAGGAGCUAGAAGCCAAGCUGGACAUGGAGGAGGAGGAGAGGAACAAGGCCAGAGCAGAACUGGAGAAGAGAGAGAAGGACCUGCUCAAAGCACAGCAGGAGCACCACCUGCUGCUGGAGAAGUUGUCAGCCCUGGAGAAGAAGGUGAUCGUAGGAGGAGUGGACCUCCUGGCCAAAGCUGAGGAGCAGGAGAAACUACUGCAGGAGUCUAACAAUGAGUUAGAGGAGAGACGCAGGAGGGCUGAGCAGCUCCGCAGAGAACUAGAGGAGAAGGAGGCGGAGCGUCUGGACAUUGAGGAGAAGUACACCAGUCUGCAGGAGGAGGCUCAGGGGAAGACCAAGAAGCUGAAGAAAGUCUGGACCAUGCUGAUGGCUGCUAAGUCAGAGAUGGCCGACCUGCAGCAGGAGCAUCACCGGGAGAUCGAGGGCCUGCUGGAGAAUAUCCGCCACCUCAGCAGAGAGCUACGACUGCAGAUGCUCAUCAUAGACAACUUCAUCCCACAGGAAUACCAGGAGAUGAUUGAGAACUACGUGCACUGGAAUGAGGACAUUGGGGAAUGGCAGCUGAAAUGUGUAGCGUACACCGGUAACAACAUGAGGAAACAGACCCCCGUGCCGGACAAGAAAGAGAAAGAUCCGUUUGAGGUGGACCUGUCCCAUGUGUACUUGGCCUACACAGAGGAGAGUAUGAGACAGUCACUGAUGAAGCUGGAGAGGCCCAGGACCUCCAAGAGCGGUAGGCCCAAGACUGGACGAAGGAAAAGAUCAUCGAAGCCCGAGGCUGUGAUGGAAUCCCUGCUGCAGUGAGAGAGACAGGGAGAGAGCCAAUCAGGGCUGGAGCCCCAUGUACUGCAAUGAAUCUACACUACUAUACCUUAGGAUCAACGACAGCAGUCAGUCAAUAGUCGAGCCUGAAGAUCUAUAUUGUUGAUUGUCUUAAUACACUGUAUAGCCGAAAUAAGGUUUUAAAUGUGAAGGGAGGAGAGGAAACGGUUGGUUGGUUGGUUGGUUGGUCAGGGAGAGAGCAGGCAGCAGAAACUGUACUGUAGGAUUUAGGGGUCGUCCCAAAUGGCACCCUAUAGGGAAUAGGGUGCCGUUUGGACCUGGCCCUUAUACUGGGGGUUAAUGUUCAAGUCAAGGGGACCUUGUAUAAUAAUAAACGGAGGCUUGUUGAGGAUAGUCAGCUUACUAUUGAGUCUUAAUUUAUCAAUCGAGCACAGUUCAGGGGGCAACACAUUAUCUCCCAAAUGGCACCCUAUUCCCUAUAUAGUGCACUACUUUUGACCAGGGCUCAUAGGGUGUCCCAACAGGGCUCUGGUUAAAAGCAGUGCACUAAAUAGGGAAUAGGGUGCCAUUUGAGACGUAGAUAGUAGUCUAUGAUGAGCACAAGCCAUGGUUUUUGAACAUGUCUUCAUCUGCCAAGACGAGGACAACAACUCCAACACUCAACAACAACAACGGUCUGCUGUUUGAGAUGAAGACUCCACCACUUCUAUUGGCAGGAUGUAAUUGAUACAUCUGACGCCCUUCAACACAGUCAACAAAACAAAAAAAACGAUUCCAGAAAUGAUUCAUAUCCACAGGUCAUAAUACGCAUAUUUCAAGGAUCAUACUUAUGGAAGUGUAUUGCUUUAAACUUAGUUUCCUUCUUUGUGUCUGAAGAGUAGGACGUGCAUGCCAUACCGGUUCUAUAGACGGGUUCGCAAAUAUGGUGCAAAUUGCAUUUAGUCUCCAAUGUUUAUUGAAAACACAUACAUUUGCACAAUGAGCACUAGUCUCUAAAAUACAUCCUUACAGUUGUUGGUUUGCUAGCAAAUUUUAGAAUGGACGUGACAUCAGUCAAAACACCUCAAAACAAGACAUGGUAUUAAUAACAAGAUACAACGAGCUGAAACCAGCCUCCUACGAUUCCUCACAUGGUAGCUUCUUGUCAUUACUGCUAGCGAACUGACUGUUCAGAAUCAUAACGCCACACUGACUUCUGCCUUAUCGACGCGCGCAUCAUUUUCGUGACGUCAGCUAACCCGUUAAUAUAGUAGUGCCAUUCGCCCAUGAAACACUAACUAAGCCAUUUAUUACGCUUGUAUUUCCUCCUCCUCAUGUCAUCGUUUAUGGUGUAUUGUAGUGGAAGCAAAGUGUCUUUAUUUUGGAUUAUACUGUAUGUCAAAUGUUUACAUCUACUGAGCCCUCCCGUAUCUCUUAAUAAUUUAUUAAAUUAUUGGACAUGUUUAAUCUCA